ACAUGGUUGAAACAAAAGUAUACGGCGGUUAUCAACGACUACAUCGACAAAGGGAUUUUAGUCAAGGUGGCUGCGAACCCUGAUUCUGAGGAAGCUCAUGGUCAUUAUUUCUUACCGCAUCAUCCGGUAAUCAAGGCGUCCAGUACCAGUACAAAGGAGAACUUGUUGGCGUUGUUGCUGAAAUUUCGGAUGAGGAGCGUGGCAUUAGUGGCAGACAUAAAACAGAUGUAUCUGCAAGUCAAGGUGCAUCCCGACGACACUCGUUUUCAACGUGUAUUAUGGCGAGGCUCAUCUGUUGAGUCCAUCGAAGUCUACGAGUUGCAGCGGGUCACAUUUGGACUUGCCCCGUCUUCCUUUCUGGCCAUUCGAGUACUGCAGCAAUUGGCAAUUGAUGAAGGGGAAAACUUUCCCUUGGCGAGACAGGCGUUGUUAGAGGACUUAUAUGUCGAUGACUACAUUGGUGGUGCCUCUAGCGAAGAAGAAGCAGUUAGGUUGCAAGCUGAGCUGACGCUAUUGUUGAGAAAGGGCGGAUUUCAUCUAACUAAAUGGAAUUCUAACAAACCAGAUGUUUUAUCUAGCGUUUCAGCGGAAGACAGAGCAACAUCCAACGUUAAAAUGUUUGAAGUUCCAGAGGAGCCAAUAAAAACUCUAGGUAUCGCGUGGCUACCAGAAUCGGACCAACUGUACAUAGACUCGAACAUUCAGAUGAAUAACGAGAGCUGGUCCCGUAGAAAGGUUUACUCUUUGGUAGCACGUAUAUACGACCCUUUGGGGCUGGUGGCUCCUGUGACAUCUUGGGCCAAGAUAAAUAUGCAAUCGUUGUGGUUGGCAACUGAUGACUGGGAUGAAGAAAUACCGGCUGUCAUGCAAGAACGAUGGUAUGCUUUUCAAUCACAACUCGGGUUGCUGAAGGAGGUUAAGUUUUCGCGCCAUGCUGUUGUGCAUAAUCCGGUUGCUGUUCAACUACAUUGCUUUUCCGAUGCAUCUGAAGCGGCUUAUGGGGCAUGCGUGUAUGUUAGAACGAUUGGUAGCAGCGGGGAAGUGGUAGUUGAGUUGCUUGCUGCAAAGUCUCGUCCUGCGCCGUUGAAAAGAGUCAGUUUGGCCCGGUUAGAACUUUGUGGAGCAUUACUGGUAGCAAGGUUGCAGAAAGUGGUACGCCAAGCGUUGAGAAUUCCAGACGUGGAAACCUUUAUGUGGACUGAUGCGACAAUCGUGUUGCAUUGGAUUCGAGCACCAUCCCAUUCUUGGGCUACGUACGUAGCGAAUAGGGUAUCCGAAAUUCAGGAAUUGACGCAUGGCUACAAAUGGAUGCAUGUGAAGGGCGUUGACAAUCCUGCCGAUAUUGUAUCGCGUGGAGCUAUGCCGAACGAGCUGUUAGCAUCGAAGCUGUGGUUCCAUGGUCCCGGGUGGUUACAACUAUCAGAGGAAGAAUGGAAGAAGAAUGCCAGCGGUGUGUUGGCAAUUCCCGAAGAGGAGUUAUUGGAACGAAGGAAGAGCUCAUUGGUGGCCGCAGUAAGUAGCGAGAGCGAUGAUUGGUGUGAUAGAUUUUCUAACUAUGACAAAUUACUGCGGAUCACUGCGUAUUGUAUGAGAUUUAUUCGUUGUUGCCAACGAAAGCUGGAUCCUAAACACAAAGGUGUUUUGUUGGUGAGCGAGCUAGCAGAGGCGAAAAUUCGACUGGUGAAAAGAGAACAACGGAUAUACUUUGCGGCUGAGAUCAAGGAGUUGUCUGCUGGACAAACGGUACGUCCCAAAUCAUCACUGAAGACAUUAGGAGCUUUCUUGGACGGUGAUGGUUUGCUCCGAGUUGGUGGCCGCUUGCAUCGCGCUAAAGCCAUCGAGGUCUAUUCCGACAACGGUCUCAACUUUCAAGGAGCGAGUAAGGUGAUCGAUGACUUCUACACGUUGAUGAACAGCGAUUCGGCGGUGGAGGAUAUAUCGAGGUAUGCUGUUGGCGCUGGCAUUAAGUGGCACUUCAUCCCACCCCAUGCACCGAACUUUGGCGGCCUUUGGGAGGCAGCGGUAAAAGCGGCAAAACGCGUCCUACUGAAGGUUGUUGGUGAUCGGCAGCUGGCGUUUGGGGAGAUGUCGACGGUACUGGCACAAGUGGAAGCUCAACUCAACAGCAGACCGCUUACACCGUUGUCGGAGGAUCCGGAAGAACUUGAUGUAUUGACGCCGGGGCAUUUUCUAAUCGGUGCUCCGAUGAACGCUCUACCGGAGCCUGACGUGGGUGAUGUACCAAUCAAUAGAUUGAAACGCUUCCUGUUUGUUGGGAGCUGUUUUGGAGAAAUCAAAGUAGACUCCCGGGCCCGGAUGGCUCUCCAGUACCGAACCGCCCGCAGCUCGGAUGUAAUCUGGUGCGAGCUGUUCUACGCGGAUGACUUCCCGGACAACAGCCAGUGUGAGACGGCGCGCGAUGGCCAAUGGUACACGUUUCCCGCGUGCUGUAACGGUGCGUACAACUGUUUGGGUGGUGGCGUCUGGGACAUGAUGCUAUGUCCGGCAGAGUUCGUGUACAACAGCCAGACCGACGAGUGCGCACCCUACACCGGCAGCGAGUGCCCGCCGAGGGAUCCUAUACCCGGUGACGUACCGUCGACCGAGGAACCAGCGGCAUCGUGCGGAACGGUACGCAACGGACGGCUACCGUAUGCACCCGACUGCACCAAGUACAUCCUAUGCGUGCAGGAAGUGGCGUCACUGCUCGACUGUCCCGAUGGAUACGUUUUCUACGUUCCCUUUCUAUUGUGUCUUCCGGGAGUGAUAGAACAGUGCACGCUGUACCAGACUGGCUAG